AUGAGUUCGAUUCCAGAGGAGCUGUUGGCAAUUAUACUCUCGAAAUUACCAAUAAAGAUUUUCACAACUUUCAAACUUGUUUGCAAGCAAUGGGAAUCGAUCUUGAAUUCUCCAUAUUUUCGUAACUUGUUUCAGUCCACGCACCAAAACUCACAUUCAUGGUCGCUCAUGUCUUGGGAUUACAAGAAAGAACACAUAGUCCAAUACAGAUUCAACAGUUGGGGUCUCGAAAGGUCUCUAGGCUCUUACAUCUCAUCAUUCCUAACCAACAAGUUUGCGAGUCAGAGAAACGAAUACAUAGUCUGGUCUUACGCUGAGGUUGGAUUCAUAUUGAUCAGUGAAGCCCUUUUCCAUUGUAAGAACCGAUCAUUGUACGUGGCUAAUCCAAUUACACAUGAAUGCAUUAAAAUACCUUCUCAUUCUCAGCACAAGUAUUCCGCAUGGCCAUUGGGGAUUGCUACACGAACUGAGAAGGGUGUCCUUUUGGACUACAAAAUUGUUCUCUACUACACCAAAUACAACUUGUUUAUAUAUUCAUCUCAGACAGGCUUGUGGAGUGACUACAAUGCUGUCUAUUCUGAUAUAUCCUCUUUACACUCAACCAUCAUCUUGCACGGGAGUCUUCACUGGGUUGCCCGCGAUAGUGAGUAUGUAGAUGUUAUUGUAUCCUUUGAUGUCUACGCCAGUGGUACAGACUCUAUACAUGGCCGUACUACGCCAUUCCCUGAUUCAGGAAAAGAACCAAGAUUCAGUAGAUCUUGCUCAACUUGUCAAGGAUCGCUCAUGUAUAUGAACGUAGUCCCUGUAACCAAAGCUGAUGGAACACUAGAGGAUAAGCUAUGUGUAUGGAGGCUAAAGAGUUGGGAAUGGCAACUUGUAUCUGAAAUCUCUUGGGGUUUCAUUGAUGAUACUGGCCGUUUCGAUUAUCUUCCCUUGGGAAUAAACCCUUUUGAUGCUAAAAGAGUCUACUUUUGGAGCAAUAUGCAACAAAGUUUGCUGUCUAUUAACUUACAUAAUGGAAAGUUUGUGCUUGAGAGUAAGUUAGAAAAAAGCUAUUACCCAACAAAGUAUGGAAGUUUGCUUCGUUCGGUCGUUUUCCCAAAAUGGCUGCAUAGAAUUCCCAACACGGUGAGAAUAGUUUAG